UAGAGAUACUGUGGCGGGAUCUCUUUCAAGGCUGCCUUCGCAUCUUCUACGAACUUUUCUAUGAUAUGGAAAGUAGUGGCGUUCUUUUGCCCGGGGACGAAAUCCAUCUCUGGUGCCUUCAUUAUGUGUUUCUACCGAUAAUCAAUCGCCAUUUGAGAAAAUGGAAAGACACAUGGGUCUAUCAUCCUCUCCGAACAGAACAAAGCAAAACCCCUAUGCAGUUGUGGAUAAGAGGCCUUCAGUAUACUUGGGGAACACAGACUACAGAAAGUGAAGAGGCAUUUCAGCCGAGCGACUAUGACAACUAUGGUGUUGACUGGAGCGGACCAGUUUCCACACCAGAACCUGAAAGUGUUGAAGUGCCCGACACUACCUGUCCUUUAUUGGAAAACGAAAAACAUCUGUUAACAGAUGUUUCAAACUUGACCAUAACAGAAGCAAUUGAAGCCUUUUGCACCAAUGUUAGCACAAUUUCACACAUAAUCAAUCACCGCAAUUAAUUUUUCAUGGCUCCACACGAUGUGGACUGAACUGAAACAAACUGACUUAGAAGCCAUAUUUAGAAAACGCAUAUAGAUAGUGAAGUUGUCUCUAAAGUCUCUUGGAAGAGUUUGGAGAAUAUUACUUGUAUUAAUGAUGUCAUUAUUUUCCUUGGCGUAUAUUUCAU